AGCUCAUUGUUUCUCAUUGGUCUGAACACCCUUUUGCGUGAUUUGAGAAAUAGGGGACUAUUGGAUAGUGUAAUUGGCUGAGAUUGAAAGAAGAUGAAUAACUCUGCUUCAGAUCAAAGUUUUAUCUACGAGAGUGAUGACGAUGUGGAGAAGGAGCUGCACAGAGACGAACAUGAAGGAAACGAUUCGGAUUAUUCCAAUGACACCAAUGAAAACCAGUCAAUGAGAAAACCCAGUAGUUACAACAUUGCAUGGCCCCAGAGUUACAGGCAAUCCAUUGAUCUAUAUGGGAGUGUACCUUCACCAAAUAUUGGAUUUCUGGGGCCCACAUCACUGUCAAGACUUGGAAGUUCUUUUUUCUCUUCAAAUUUGACAAGGAGGCACACUCUUGAAGUAGGAUCACCAGUGAGAAAACCACUCUUGCAACCCACAGCAGAUGAGCAACAGAGCAAUCAUGCCUUGCUUCCUCCACAUCCUACUAGGAAGCCUUCAAUUAGGAAAGAGGUUUCAAAGGUUUCUCAUGAAGCUCACAUUCCUGGGCAGUGCACUUAUGGACAAGCUGUACUUAAUGGGAUAAAUGCCCUUUGUGGAGUGGGAAUCCUUUCAACCCCAUAUGCCCUUAAAGAAGGAGGGUGGGCUGGUCUUUCAAUCUUGCUAGUAUAUGCAGUGUUUGCCUUUUAUACAGGGUUGCUCUUGCGUUACUGCUUGGACAGUGGGUCUGACCUUGAGACUUAUCCUGACAUAGGCCAAGCAGCUUUUGGUACUACUGGCCGUGUUAUCAUUUCUAUAAUCUUAUACAUGGAAUUAUAUGCUUGUUGCAUUGAAUACAUAAUUGUGGAGAGCGACAACUUGUCCUCAUUAUUUCCAAAUCUACACCUUAGUUUGGGUGGAAUUGAAUUCAAUUCACACAUUUUGUUUGCGUUACUCACCACUGUGGCUCUUCUUCCUACAGUUUGGCUCCGUGACCUGCGCAUUCUCAGUUACAUCUCAGCUUGUGGAGUUAUUGCAACGAUUUUGGUGGUUCUCUGCUUGUUCUGGGUUUGCUUGGUAGACAAAGUUGACAUUCAGACCCAAGGAACAACAACAUUCAAACUUACAACUUUUCCUGUUGCUAUGGGUCUCUAUGGUUACUGCUACGCAGGGCAUGCUGUGUUCCCAAACCUCUAUACUGCCAUGGCAAAUCGGAAACAAUUCCCUGCAGUGCUCUUAACAUGUUUUGCUAUUUGUACAGCUAUGUAUUGUGCUGUAGCUAUUAUGGGUUACUCAAUGUUUGGGGAAGGAACACUCUCUCAGUAUACUCUUAACUUGCCCAAACACUUGGUGGCCGCUAAGAUUGCUGUGUGGACUACGGUGGUCAAUCCAUUUACCAAAUAUGCUUUGAGUCUAUCUCCAGUAGCAAUGUGUCUAGAGGAGUUGAUACCAGCAAACAAUCCCAAGUUUUACUUAUAUUCCAUGCUAAUCAGAACAGCGCUAGUGGUUUCUACCCUUCUUGUUGGUCUUUCAGUUCCCUUUUUCGGUUUGGUGAUGUCAUUGACUGGAUCUUUACUCACAAUGUUUGUUUCCUUGAUUCUUCCCGCAGCAUGUUUCCUAAGUAUCAGGGGUGACCGAAUCUCACGCUCUCAGAUAGCGCUUUGUGCUACAAUUAUUAUAGUAGGAGUUAUAUCAUGUGGUUUUGGAUCAUACUCAGCCCUCUCCGAGAUUAUUCAGCAGUUGUUUGGAUGAGAUUUUGCGGCUUAAAUAUUGGACUGAGACAU